AUGUCCUACAAGGCAAUUGCCCCCAUCCCAUACACGCUAUAUUAUGGCACUUUUAUACAUACACCAGAAUUGGCCAAAUUGGAAAUCAAUAUUAAUACAUUGGUAGGAGUUGACUCUAGUGGAAGGAUAGAUUUCAUUUAUAGGAACUUUGUGGCUACUGAUCAAACACCAAUAGAUUUCUUUUUGGAGCAACAACAAGAGGGCAAACUGGCUUCAGCCUCCAAUUUCGUUGUCAACGAUAUAAGACUCAUUGAUUAUUCUAACCAGUUAUGCAAGUUUUUCUUUCCCGGGUUUAUUGACACUCAUAUCCAUGCAUCACAGUUCCCCAAUAUCGGCAUUGGUCUGGAUACACCGUUGCUCGAGUGGCUAAACACCUAUACUUUCCCCUUGGAACUGAGAUUUUGUCUUGCCAACGGCAGUGAAUCAAAAGUCGAAUUUGCAAAAGAUAUCUAUUCCAAGGUCAUUCAGCGCACUUUGAGUAAUGGCACCACAUGUGCUUCAUAUUUUACAACUAUUGAUCCCGAAACGACCAAUUUGUUGGCUGAUUUGUUACUUCAAUUAGGGCAGCGUGGAUUUGUAGGGAAAGUAUGUAUGGAUCAUAAUAAUCCGUAUCCGGAUUAUGAGGAAUCUCUUGAAGAUUGCAAAAAAUCAAUGAGUCUUAUUUUAUCACAUAUCGACUCUGUUGCACCAAAGGGCGAAGAGCUAAUCAAUCCAAUAAUUACUCCAAGAUUUGCACCCACUUGUUCAAAUGAGAUGUUGGCUUACUUGGGUAAAUUAAGUGCAACUAAUGGUUUGCCUAUACAAACACACAUCAGUGAGAAUAAACAAGAGCUUGAACUCGUUGCAAAAUUGUUUCCCAAUGUUGAAAAUUAUGCAGAGGUAUAUAAUCAGCACCAUUUACUUACUGAAAGAACUAUCCUUGCGCAUGCAAUCCAUUUGUCUCAAAAGGAAUGUGACUUGGUGUCUCGUAAGAAAAGCUCAAUAUCACAUUGUCCCACUUCAAACACAUUUAUAUCAAGUGGGGAAGCACCAAUCUAUAAAUAUUUGUACAAGGAUAAAAUCAAUGUCUCAUUGGGCACAGACAUUAGUGGUGGUUUUGACUCGAGCAUUUUGCAAAUUGUAAAACAUGCUAUAUUGGUGAGCCACCAUUUAUCGAUGAAAAAAGAUGAAGAGGACGUUGAGUGUAAACUAUCUGUGACUGAUGGGUUGUAUAUGGCUACAAUGGGAGGAGCAAGGGCCGUGGGGCUCAAAAACAUGGUGGGAUCGUUUGAAAUAGGCAAAACAUUUGAUGCUCAAUUGAUUGAUUUAGAUAUAGGAGAGAGAGCAGGAGGAGGCUCGCAAGUGGAUGUUUUUGAAUGGCAAAUUCCUAAAAUAGACGACUCUUUAGAGGUGAAGGUGAAGAAAGUGAAAGAUUUAUUAGGUAAAUGGAUAUUCAGCGGCGAUGAUCGUAAUUGUGUCAGUGUUUGGUGUAAUGGAAGAUUGGUGAUUGAUAAAUAUACAAAGUUGCAGAAUGGAAAAGCAGUAUAA